CCUCCUUAAUAAUUGUCCCCGGCUCAACAUCCUGCUCUCUGUUGUUCAACAACACGCAUGCAUCAAGCUGUUAAAAUACAGACGUCGGUGACAUGAGUGCUGAUAACUGUGGUGGGGAUGUGUCUGUGCCUUUACGAAAUCUACUGAACUCCAUCCAGUGCAUCAGAGACCGAGUCAGAGAUGGAGAGUCCAAUGAGUCAGACGGAGCGUUCAACCUCUCCAACUUUUGGGACACUUUGAACCAGGCGGUGAAGGCAGUGUCCCAGGAAGCCACUAAACUCAGCCUGGCCUUCUCCCAACCCCCGCUGCCAUCUCAGCAGGAUGGAGAGACGUUAGCAGAGUCCACCCUGAAGAGUGUCCUCUCUCUGUCCACUGUGUAUUACUGGCUACCUAAGAGCCAAGGCGUCAGUCUGCGGCGACAGGUCAGAGACGCCACGGUCGAGGUUCUGGAGGGAGUCCUACAGCUGGCGGAGGUCAUACUGAGCUCCCCGCUACAGAGUCUGUCCCAGGAUCAGUUGACAUCAACAGGAAGUGUGUGGUCAACCUGCGACCACUUUGCCCAGUUGCCACAAGAUAAUAAGGCUGCAGUGUUGAUAGUUCUGUCCAAUCAGGUCGGAGUUGUAAAAGACGCCAUAGAGGAAAUUGAACAGGCGUUAUCGGAGGCCCAGGACCCGUUCGUUGACGUCCUCGAUGAUGACCAGGAGCCUCGAGGCAACCAGGACACCUAUUGGUCGGAGAAUGACCGCCGCAUUAUUGGUCCAUGCCAGGGGCUGAUGAAAGCAUCGGCGGCGUGCCUCAGGAAGCUGACGUCGGCCGUCAAAGCCAACGGUGACGUCACCACGUCUCAGCACCUGGCUCAGCUCGACGACCUGGCUGACAUCACCAAGGAAAUCAGUCCUGGUGUUGAUGAUCUCGCUCUCUGCCUCUACCCGCCCAUGGACUACAGCGGAGUGGAGAGUAACGUUUCUAAAUUGGCAGCUCUGUUAAAGAAAGUUCUGGAGAUCGUCAGGUUCAGUCACGUGUGUGGGGAAUCACAGCUGACCUGGGUUCAGUUCUUAGAUGGAGCCGUCGAUCACAACCUGCAAAAAGCCAAAGACCUUAUUCAGCAGGACAGCUAGUGUGUGUGUGUGUGUGUGUGUGUGUGUGUAUAUAU